AUUACUUUCUUUUGUGAAUGUGAUUUCUAAAAAAAAAAAAAAGAAAAUGAAACAGUUAAAACUUACAGGUUUUGUUAUUUUCUUGUUCUUUUUGACUGAAUCCCUAGCCCUGUCCACAAAGCCUCAAGAUGUAGAUGAUGUCAGUAUUACUCAGAAAUUUAUAGAGGAGAAUGUUGGAUAUAUCACCAUCAUCAUAUUUGCUCAAUAUAUUCAGGAGGCCUCCUUCGAAGAAGUGGAGAUGUUGGUAAAAACCAUGACAGAAUAUAGAGAUAAAUGCUUGGCUGACAUGACACUCCCAGAGUGUUCCGAAUUAGCUAAUGAUGUUUUACUGGAAAAUAUAUGUGCUUUGGAGGGACUUCCACAAAAGCAUAAUUUUUCACACUGCUGCAGUAAGGUCGACUUGGAAAAAAAACUUUGUUUCUUCCAUCAUAAGAAAGCUGAUGUAGGAUUUCUUCCCCCUCUUCCUACCUUGGAUCCUGAAGAGAAAUGCCAGACUUAUAAAAAUAACAGAGAAUCUUUUCUGAACAAUUAUAUAUAUGAAGUUUCCAGAAGGAACCCCUUUGUUUUUGCCCCUACUCUUCUAACUGUGGCUGCUCGUUUUGAGGAGAUGACUAAAACAUGUUGUGAAGAACAAGAUAAAGCUAACUGCUUUCGAACAAAAGCAGAACCUGUCAUACAAUAUUUAAAAGCAUCAUCUUCUUUUCAAAAAAAUGUCUGUGGGGCACUUAUAAAAUUUGGAUUGCAAGUCUUAGAAUCUAUAAAUGUUGCUAUACUUAGUCAAAAAUUUCCCAAGAUUGAAUUUAAGGAACUUACCUCCCUUCUAGAAGAUGUUUCUUCCAAGUACGAUGGAUGCUGUGAAGGGGAUGCUGUGCAGUGCAUCCGUGGCAGGAGCAAAGUUAUGAGCCAUAUUUGCUUAAAACAAGAUUCCAUCUCCAGCAAAAUCAAAGAGUGCUGUGAAAAGAAAAUACCAGAGCGUGGCGAGUGCAUAAUUUCCUCAAAUAAAGAUGACAGACCAAAGGACUUAUCUCUAAGAGAAGCAAAAUUUACUGAAAGCGAAAAUGUGUGUGAAGAACGAGAUGCUAAUCAAACGAGCUUCAUGGCUGAGUUUCUCUAUGAAUACUCAAGGAGACAUCCGGAACUGUCUACACCAGAGCUUUUAAGAAUCGCUGGCGUGUACGAGGAUCUUCUGAAAGAGUGUUGUCACACAGAAAACCCUCCAGACUGUUACCGCCACGCGGAACACAGAUUCAACGAGACAACUGAGAAAAGCCUCAAGAUAGUACAACGAGAAUGUGAACGUUCCCAGAAUUUGGGGAAAGAGGACUUGAAAUACUACUACCUUAUCAAACUCACAAAGAUAGCCCCCCAGCUCUCCACUGAAGAACUGACCUUUCUUGGCAAGGAAAUGGUGACAGCUUUGACCACCUGCUGCACACUGAGUGAAGAGUUUGCCUGCGUUGAUAAUUUGAUGGAUUUAGUUCUUGGAGAGUUAUGUGGAAUAAAUGAAAAUCGGAACAUCAACCCUGAUGUGGACCACUGUUGCAAAACCAGCUUUGCCUUCAGAAGGUCCUGCUUUGAAGGCUUGGAAGCUGAUAAAGCAUAUGUGCCUCCAUCUACCUUUCAAGGUUUAUUUACCUUUCACACAGACUUAUGUCAGGCUCAUAAGGAGGAGCUCCAGAGAAAGAAAGACAGGUUUCUUGUCAAUGUAGUGAAGCUAAAGCCUGAGCUUCCAGAUGCGGAGCUGCGGUCAUUGCUUACAGAUUUCACUAAUGUGGUGGUCAAGUGUUGCCAAGCAGAGGGGCCUGAAGCCUGCUUUAAUGAAGAGGGCCCCAAGGUGGCAGCCAAAUGCUAGGCUGCUUGAGAAAUACAAAGUAAAACCCGCCAAAGGUUGUGGGGAAAAGAGGAACACAGACUUGACCUGCUUCCUAUCCGUUCUGUGGUGGAUUUUACUUUCUGAGAAGAACACAGUGAAACGAUUCUUCUGUAACCUUUACCUGAAAUCAUGUUAUUGUAGCAAGCAAUAAACAACAAAAUCAUCAAGUUA